AUUAAUAAUCAAGGGUUGUUACCAUUCUAAAAAUUUUAUGUGUUUUUUCCUCAAAAUUGAUGAAGUUGUCUACUAAGAAAUAGUCUUGAUGCACACCUUAAUGGUUAUCAAGUUUAUGCAUUGAGGACAUAGCAAGCUACAUUCUCAUCUGCCGGCUGAUAUAUGUCCCUUUCUCGAAGUAUUAAAGAUAUAUAAGACAACACAAGAGUAACUGUGAUAAACUAGAAAAUUGUGGAGCCAUGGCGGUAAUUGAGACUCUCGACCUAGAGAUCCAAGUGAACAUGCCGGCCGAUAGAUUUUUCAACAGUUUCAAGAAUAAAGAAGGAAGUUUCACAGACAAGACAGAAGCAGUUUCCAUUCAUCAUGACGAUACCAACUCCAACUCUUCGAUUCAAAUCUGGAAUCUCAUCGUAGAUGGAAAGAUGGAGCAGAUUAAGGAGAAGACAGAGGUUGAUGAAGAGAACAUGUCGGUUUCUUUCUUAGCUAUGGAAGGAGAUGUGUUAGAGCAGUACAAGAGCUACAAGAUAACACUUGACGUUGUUCCUAAAGAUGAUGGAGUUUGUAUUGCCAAGUGGAAAUGGGAAUACGAGAAGCUAAACGACGGCGUUCCUCCUCCUACCAAAUAUGUUGCCUUCGUUGCAGAUUACACGCGUGACCUCGAGACUAGGUUGUUGUCUGAAUCAUAAACAUCUCACUACCGUCGUCUUCGAGUUUGCUUGUUAAAAUAAAAUCAAAUCUUGUUAUCCAAGGAUCUUUGUUUUGGUGCCUCUUGGGACUUG